AUGAGCCUCCCCCCAUUCGGAGCUUUCAGGCCUCUGUGCCGGAGCGUUCCCUCCUAUCCCAUCUGCAACCUCUUCACCAGACAAUUAUUCACUGACCAUCGUGAGAUCUUGGAUCAAUACGGCUUCAACCAGGAUGUAUCCGGUGUUGGAGUCAAUCCCCAGUGCGCAAUCCCACAGGCUACGGCUGGCUCGGGUGCCGGCCAGAACGGCGGCGGUGGGGUCGGACUCGGCAACAUCGCCAAUGUCAUCGCUUGUGGAGUCAGUAUGAUAUUUGUGAUAUUCCUCAUUGCCAGGUGCUCCAGACGCAAGGCAGCUGUCGGCCGUGUCGAGUUGCGAGCCUUCCUCAUCCUCUACCUUUUAACAUUGCCGUUCCAACUACUCGAUACGGGUGCAUUACUGAAACAAGCGACGGUUCAACUAUCAAUUCUCACAGCUGUUCACAUGGGUUUAAUCGCAACCACAUUUUGGAUGCUACUCGGCAAUGCUAUCGUCGCAACACAAGUCGUCGAGGACGGCACAAUGGCCAGCUUGGUGCCGUUUUAUGCGUUUUCGCUAUUCUUUUUUGCCGGCACAACAUACAUUUCUCUCGACACUGCGUUCACGUUCACGGACGCGUUCCGGCUCGGAACUGGGGGAGCAUCGGGCGAGCCCAUUGAAAACUUGACGAAUAUUCCUUUGUUUGUGUUGACAAGCGUCUGGCCGGCUGCUGCAACGUUCUUCUAUUUCCUCAUCAUGACAUAUGUGGUGCUUGGUGUUCUCAGAGAAAUGCGUCCUUUCUUCUACUACGCUGCAGCUGCCUUCUUCUUCGUUCUCUCCCAAUUGGGCUACUUCCUGUUAUCAAAGAUUGUUUGCCGAGGAACUUCCGCGAAGCUCGACGCCUCAUUCGCAGCCACGAUUCUCGAGACGGCAGCAGUAGGGAUGCUCUACCUCGCAUGGCGCAGCAUAACAGAAGAGUCAUGGGAUGAGCCCUGGUAG